ACUCCCCUGCUAUCGAUAACCGCCUUGUUUUCGUCACUUUUGUAAAUAAUUUGCCGACUUUAAUGAAAACAUUCUGCCGGGGCAAAUCGCGGAAACUGUCUAAGCGGUAACACGAGGAUGGGGGACCAACAGCAGCUGAUCCUGGCCACCGGGGGCUACGACCACACGAUAAAGGUGUGGCAGGCGCACACGGGCAACUGCAUCAAGACCAUGCGAUUCGUGGAGACCUCGCAAGUCAACGCGCUGGACCGGACGCCGGACAAGACGCGGCUGGCGGCCUGCGGCUACCAGUGCAUCCGGCUGUACGACCUGGAGUCCAACUGCACCGCGCCGGUGAUCAACUUCGACGGGGUGCAGAAGAACGUGACGCGGCUGGGCUUCCAGGAGGACGGCAACUGGAUGUUCACCGCCGGCGAGGACCACCACGUGCGGAUCUGGGACAUGGUUUCCGCCCCGCCGCACUGCUCCAGGGUGUUCGACUGCGAGGCGCCGGUGAACGCGGCCUGCCUGCAUCCCAACCAGGUGGAGAUCGCCAUGGGCUCGCAGAACGGCAGCGUCUUUCUGUGGGACGUCAAGUCGGAGCGCCACGAGAGGAUCGUGCCCGAGGUGGACGCCUCCAUUCAGGAUGUGGCCAUCUCGCCGGACGGCCGGUACCUGGCGGCGGCCAACAACAAGGGCAACUGCUACAUCUGGUCGCUGACCAGCCAGGACCAGAAGAUGAGCACGCUGCGGCCCACCAAAAAGAUCGACGCCCAUAAGCGCUACAUUCUGCGCUGCAAAUUCAGUCCGGACUCCAGGCUGCUCCUCACGACCUCGGGCGACGGAACGGUGGCCAUUUGGAAGACGGACGACUUCUCCAAGUGGCGCGAUCUGUGCAUCGAAAACUACUGGGUCUGGGACGCCGCCUUCAGCGCCGACUCCAAGUGGCUCUUCACCGCCUCCUCCGACGGCAUUGCCCGGCUGUGGAAGAUCCAGGCGAAGAGCCCCGUCAGGGACUACACCGGCCACACCAAGGCCAUCACUGCCCUGUCCUUCAAGGACGAGAUUGUGGGCAAGUAGUAGAGCUAGCUAGUAGCCGCUAGAAUUUAGGCACUUUGUAAGCUUUGCGACCAGCGCGUCGCCAUCGAGAGUCCUGCCAAGGUGCUUGCCUCCAGGCGGGUGGAGGAUGUCUCCUGGUGGGCUCCCACGUGGGUUUCCUCGCGGGGGCAGUAGGAACUAUUGAACUAUUGCCAUUAUACAAACGAAAGUCCUUUUUAUACAGAACUCUAAUCACCACACAGCUGAAAAGUCAUUGAACAUGUGAAUUCGUUUGGGUUCAAAUGAAUCCUAGUUAAAGUUGGCUGAAUGUAAUCAACAUUUGCAUAAGGAAAAAGUGUAAACUUUCGUUUCAAUGUUCGUUAAGCUUCAGAGGUUUUUUUCACACCAUCAAGCUCCAGCUUCUGUUUAUUCCAGACUAUUCAAAUUCUCAAAAUGUGUUUACCCAUGCCAAAAAGCCUUUCUUUUCCAAAACUGCCAGCUCUGCUCACCCCACAUAUUUAAUGUGCAUUCAAAGAUCCUCAAAAUCAGAAAGUGGCCCAGAUAUUCCGUCGAGAUAGUUCACAGGCCGACAAUCGCUGGGAAACGAGCCAUUCAACUGCUCCGCCACAUAAUUUGUCCCCUUUUGGAGGCACUGCAGACAGCAACACACCAACCAGAACUGAAGCAUCAUCAACAGAACACACACAAUUCGACAGAGAAAUGAGAAUACCUCUGAAAAUGAGCGCUUGGCUUUUGUAGCGACUUUUUCAUAAUUUAUAAACCUUUGAUACAUAAUUAUAGUACGACUAAAUCGUGUGUAUGCAAAAUGCAAUCUGAAUAAAAUCUUACGGGCAUAAAGUACAUACAAUACAGAAACUAAAAA